CAGCACCUGCAGUUACGGGUUCACCCUGGGAAGUGAAUGCGUGAAGCGUAAAGUCAGAUGCGAAUUUCCGUAUACUCACGUUUUUCUGGAGUUAUCCGGAUUGUAGAUAUUUCAGUCUAAGAAUAAUACUAUAAAUAUACCUUCAAUAACUCAAAAUAAGAAGUAAUCAACGCUCAAAACGGACAAGUGAAUUAAAAUGCCGUUCUAAGAGAUAUUCAAAGUGAUACAGUACUUCUCAAUAUAUUUUCCUGCUCUCAAGGUUUAGUGAAUGCACAACGCAAUGGAUCGUAUCAUUCUUUUCACCCUCAUGGCAUCAAAUAUCGCUUUUGCAUUUGGUGGAUUAUCAGGAUUUUAUGUGGAUAAUGGAGUUGGACAAACCGUGAUGGAUACAGUAAUGACCAAUGAUGAUCAAUUGGAAAUUGAACAUGAAAUAUUGGAACUAUUGGGGCUGCCCGAGAGACCGCGCAAACGCCGCUUGCAUUCAUCGAUCAGCAAAUCGGCCCCGCAAUUCCUUCUAAACGUGUAUGACAAAUUAUCAGCCGAAACAAGUAUUCUCCAGCCUCGACAUAAAAGGAGUAUCGACAACGAUGAGGACAUUAUUUUCACUGAAGCAGACAACAAAGCGAUCGAUCAAAGCGAUAUUAUUAUGACAUUUUUGAAUAAAAACCAUCACGUUUCGGAAGUACGCCAUGAAAAGGGACGACGACUCUGGUUCGACGUAAAUGAUACGGAAGCAGAGCUGAUCUUGGCCGAAUUACGUAUUUACCAGAGACACGAACAAAAUAAGUAUAAAAAUGAGAACGACAAUAUAACUAUAGCGAUCUACUCAAUCACUAAUUAUGAAGGAGAAACAGAGCUAAUGAAGAUAGCGGAAACAAGUUUGGGAUUGGGUUAUGAUGGAUGGCUGGAGAUAAAUGUGACAAGUGUAGUUUCGCAAUGGAUUGGCAAUAAUCAACUGAAUAAGGGUUUAUAUAUUGGAGCAUAUUUCAAACAUAAUCCAGGUAAAGAAAUAAAGCUAGACGACAUAGGUCUAGUCAAUACCAAAGGCGACGAUAAACAUCAACCAUUUCUUGUUGCCUACUGUAAGGGAUCACAGACCGUAAAACCCAUUCAACAUAAUCAUAUGAGGAGCAAACGAAAUACACAGCGAAAGCGGAAAAGUAAAUCUGAGAAUCGAAAUCCGCUGUUGGAGCAAACAAUUGACCACCAUAAAAGUUGCCAGAUAAAAACCUUGUACGUCAGCUUCAAAGACUUAAACUGGCAGGAUUGGAUAAUUGCCCCCGAGGGCUAUGGAGCAUUUUAUUGUAGUGGCGAGUGCAACUUUCCACUAAACGCACACAUGAAUGCGACGAACCACGCAAUUGUUCAAACGCUCGUGCAUUUGAUGCAUCCAACAAAAGUCCCAAAACCGUGCUGUGCGCCAACCAAGUUGAUUCCAAUUUCCGUUCUAUAUCAUAUAGACGAGGCGAAUGUGAAUCUUAAGAAAUACAAGAACAUGGUGGUAAAAAGCUGUGGCUGCCAUUAAUACAACUUAUCCAUCAAUGACGGGAGAUUUGAGCAACUACAUAACUUGAGUGUUAGUUGAGUAAUUUCGUGUAUAACAUCACAAACAAGAAUGAAUAGUGUGUAUUCUCAAUGGUAGAUGUGCCAUAAAAUAUAACGAGGUUCAAAAUUUUUUUCUUUA